CUUUGUGAAAUGGGACUUCACUUUUGUUUUUUUUAAGUAGCAACCCACGAGGGAUGUGCAGUACAAGGUAAAUAGGACUUUGUCAUUUCCUUGAUUUGAAGAUGGGAUUCAUGCCAUAUGGACUGAAAAGGCAUUUAAACAGCCUUUUAUUUUUGGUUGGUUGAACACUUCUGAGGUAUCUUUAGCCUGCUCUUUUUUUUUUUAGAGUUUUAACUCUUAUUUCAAAUAAACGGUACACUGAAGACUGAAGACAAUGACACAUAUUCAUCUGCCAUUGCUUUUAUCCAUGUGAUGCUUCUUUCCAUCCUUUUUUAUUUCUUGGACAAAAGAGUAAUGCUUCCGUCUCUUUGUUUGUCUUCUAAUGCAUGGAUGAACAUGUCUUCUUUUCUUUUGAAUUUUAAACUCUUUCCUUUACUUUUGGCUUGUAGCUUUUGUCUACAUGCUUUUGAUUAACAUUCCAAGUUCACAAAACCCAUAAUUUAGAUAAGGAGCCGUGACUUUUCUUUGUUCUCCACGUGGGCAGCUUUCCCACUUAACUUGGAGAGAUUUUGUUUUGCAGCAAGCUUCUUUCUUCUUCUAUUUGAAGACUUCCCAUUUUCUAAGUCCCAAAUAGAGCUUCAAGUGGUGGUGUUUGAAAAGGAAAACCAUAUUUUAGCUUUCCAUUUAUUUUGAAUUGCAUGGAAGACAACUGCCCAUUUUUAAGUGACCACAUGCAUGGUUUAGAAGACAAAUUUCUUUCUCUUCUUCUCUACUGUAGCUUUCCUUUGCAGAUUUUGCAAUCUCCAUUUUUCCCUUAUCUUUCGAAUUCCUAGCACGAAAAGCUUUGGGUGGAACUCUUGUAUCCCAUGUCUUUUCCUUUAAUAAUCAAAGCCUAGUGCAUUUAGGGUGAGACCUAGACUCCCACGUGAUGAACAACUUUUCUUUCUUUUAUUUGCCUUCCUUUACUUUGUCUUGAAACCCAUCUCAUUUUGUCUUCAUGCCCGUCACUUUGUUGUCAACUUUUAUCCUUGCACAGCAGCACAACAAGUCUUUGCUUCCAUAUGGAAAUAAGUCUUUACUUUUCCUUUGCAAACCAUCUAGAUGCCUGAGGAACCCUUUGUGUUCUCUCUUCCGUUAGUGACCUGAGAGCAAUCUUCAUUCCCGCUGGUGCUUGAAGUCGGCGUCAUUCUAGCACCCUUUGUAACGUAGGAAGACUUCGACUGAUUUCGUUGCCGCCGGUCCAUGCUUCUUGUUGCUUUUCCAUGUCCGUGUUUGUUGCUGCAGUUUUCGACAUCUUCAACGUUGAGAAGACAGAGCAUGGCGUCGGGACUCUCACGGAGCUUUCAGGUUUGAUUGGAACUUCAUGGGGUGGUUUAGACCACCCCGAAGAAAUUCAUGGGACUAACUGCAGCGGCACGAAGCACUUAGAUUUGAUUGGAACUUCACGGGAUGGUUUAAACCAACCCGAAGAAAUUCAUGGGAUUGACGGCAGCGGCACGGACGAACUUGCUGGGCAUAGAAGUCACUGCAUGGCCGCUGUUGGUGGCAGAGACGAUGGUUUCUUUACUGCUAUUGGCGAAGAAGACGGCAAAUGUCUCCGUUGGUGGAGAAGAAGAAGAAGCGAGGACAGAAAAUGGGGGAGCCGCUGAUUUUGUAUGUUUCUUCCCUCUUUUGUAGGGAAAUGCAUAUUUUAUUUAUUUAUGGAUGUAUGUAAAGCCCAUCCUCAUUUUUGUUGGGCUGGAUUACAUCUUGUUUUGCCUUGUAGUUUGACCCAAUCUGUAUGGACCUUAUUUUUUAUAUGUCAUGUAUUUUUUUUGUUCAACAUGCACUUUUCGGUAUGAAGUUGUGGACCGUAUUAAAAUGAUCUCAUUUUGAAGAGUUCUUCAAAGUGUUGAUUGUGGUUUUGCAGUUUGUUAGGCGUCUGCCCUGCUGCACUGCAGGGUCAGAUAGAGAGGCAGUGAGAGAAAAGAUGAUGAUGAUCUUUUGAGAUUCGAUUUGGAGGCCUUGAUGGGAGAGUUUGAUCUCCUGUCUGAUCCUGCUGCUGCUGCUGCGGCCUCUGUUGCAGAUGAGAUCGAGACGGGAAUAAGAACAACAGAUGAAUGAGAUGAUUAUGAGGACUUGAUUGCGAAUAUCUUUGAUCGUAUUGGAGGAGAGAUGAUGCGUAGUGAGUACCCUAAUCUAGAUCAUGCACAACAACCUGCUGCACCUGAUGACAACUGCUCAUCACCAUCAUCGUUGUCAUCGUCAUGAUCUUGAAGCGGAGCAGGAUGAGGACUUGUGUCAAUUUUGUCUAGCUGGUGGUUUUCUUCUGUAUUUUUGUCAAUCCCGAGGAAAUCUAUAGACAACAUGUAAUCUUUUCUUCGGUAUAUAAUGCGUGGAGGAAGGCCAAAGCACCUACCUUUUACGGUUCCUCACUCUCAAAGUUAGUUUGUACAACAUUGUUUGAUUAAUUUGUUGAAAAAGGUACGUGUAAUUAUUGGUUGUUUAUUUUAGUGACUCGUUUUUACAUCA